AUGGCGAACACUUACCAGUACUCGCAGCCUGAGGGUGAGGACAGACUUAUCUCCACCGAGGACAGACUUAUCUCCACCGAGGACAGACUUAUCUCCACCGAGGACAGACUUAUCUCCACCGAGGACAGACUUAUCUCCAACGAGGACAGACUUAUCUCCAACGAGGACAGACUUAUCUCCAACGAGGACAGACUUAUCUCCACCGAGGACAGACGUAUCUCCAACGAGGACAGACUUAUCUCCAACGAGGACAGACUUAUCUCCAACGAGGACAGACGUAUCUCCAACGAGGACAGACUUAUCUCCAACGAGGACAGACUUAUCUUCAACGAGGACAGACGUAUCUUCAACGAGGACAGACUUAUCUCCAACGAGGACAGACGUAUCUCCAACGAGGACAGACUUAUCUCCAACGAGGACAGACGUAUCUCCAACGAGGACAGACGUAUCCCCACCGAGGACAGACUUAUCUCCAACGAGGACAGACUUAUCUCCAACGAGGACAGACGUAUCUCCAACGAGGACAGACGUAUCUCCAACGAGGACAGACGUAUCUCCAACGAGGACAGACUUAUCUCCAACGAGGACAGACGUAUCUCCAACGAGGACAGACUUAUCUCCAACGAAGACAGACGUAUCUCCAACGAGGACAGACGUAUCCCCACCGAGGACAGACUUAUCCCCCCCGAGGACUUAUCUCCAACGAGGACAGACGUAUCUCCAACGAGGACAGACUUAUCUCAACGAGGACGACUUAUCUCCAACGAGGACAGACGUAUCUCCAACGAGGACAGACGUAUCUCCAACGAGGACAGACGUAUCUCCAACGAGGACAGACUUAUCCCCAACGAGGACAGACUUAUCCCCAACGAGGACAGACUUAUCCCCACCGAGGACAGACGUAUCUCCAACGAGGACAGACGUAUCUCCAACGAGGACAGACGUAUCUCCAACGAGGACAGACGUAUCUCCAACAGUUCAGGUUAA